GGUAUCAACUCCGUUGAUAAAUUUUGGCUAAAGUACGCUCCAAGUAAUCGAUUAGUGAUGGCAACAAGGAUACCAUCAAUUAUAAUGCGGCAUUACCUCAAUAGCCCCAAAAGAGUUAACUUAAAAUUGAGGUUAUGUAAUCCGGUUUCAAGGCCGUUCGUUUUUUAUAGUUAAAGUACCCCAAACCAGUGAAAGUACAGAACUAUGGUAACAAGAAUUCCAUCAGUUGUAAUACGACAUUACAGCAAUAGCCCUAAAACGGUUUUAACCGAAAAAAUUGGCGAAAUCGUUACCAUUGGUCUAAACCGACCUGAAAAACGCAACUGCAUUGACCCCAGCACUGCGGAUCUGCUCCGUGAGGCUAUUGAAGACUUCGAAAAUGAUAACACACUCAAAGCUGCUGUUUUGUACGGGACUGGGGGCAACUUCUGUGCCGGUUACGAUCUUAAAUCCCUGUCAAAGGUGGACGAGACUCAGAUUGCGUUGAAUCCCGAAGGCCAAAUAGGCCCCACGUUACGUUUUAUUAAAAAACCAAUGGUGGCUGCCAUAAGUGGGUAUGCUGUCGCGGGCGGCUUGGAGUUGGCUCUGAUGUGCGAUUUGCGCGUUAUGGAGGACACUGCAGUUAUGGGGGUGUAUUGUAGACGCUUUGGGGUCCCUUUAGUCGAUGGGGGCACAGUGCGGCUUCAAGCGAUGGUGGGGUUAUCAAGAGCGCUAGAUUUAAUCCUCACGGGGCGUUCGCUCAGUGCCAAAGAAGCGUUUGAGUGGGGGGUAGCCAAUAGGAUUGUGGCAUGUGGCACAGCCCUGGGUCAAGCAAUCCAACUCGCAAAUUCUCUAGUCAAAUUUCCUCAAGAGUGUCUGCUGACUGAUCGGAAUUCAACGUAUAAUGCGGCUUUUAGUUCAGCGUAUUUAGAUCUUUUGAAAUACGAGCAAGAGAAUGGAGUUAAAGUGGUGCGGACUGAGUCAAUCGCGGGGGCUAAAAGAUUCGCUGAGGGGUUUGGAAGACAUGGAAAAUCAACCAAUUUGAAAGUGCCAGAAUUGAAGGAUUGGGAAAGAGAAUUUGAAACUAAGAGCAAAUUGUGAAUGUGUCUUGUAGUCAAUUUAAUUAAUAAACAAAUUUUUUAAAUUUUUGCA